AUGGGCUGGGCAACGUAUAGCUGGAAUAGCGGGUGCGGAAGUAUUGACAUAGCCUUGGCAGAGCUUACGGAGCGUCUCCCUAAGGGAGAGCAGAUGUACGGAAUUAUAGUGGAUAACAAUGGGAUAAUAAUCUAUCAUCCAAAACUUGUUCUUCCCGCCACCGAAGUGCAUGGUGUUCGCCGUAGCGCAUGCUAUGAUGCAUCGCAGGUUCGCUUUCGAGCUGGUGCUGGGCUAAGGGUACAAUAUGGGUUUAGUGAUCAACGUGUGUAUCGACUAGUUGGCCUUAUCGAUAGUAUACCGACUAUAGAUUUGCUCGAACUUGAAGGGAACACAACGGCUGUACGUCAACUCCGGCACGGCGUUAUAACUUCGAAAUGUGGAAAUGACGCUAUACUGGAUGGUGACCGCGAAUUCUACUGUGCAAACCUUGAAGGAUCCCCAUUCUCUGUGGUUAUUGUAAAUUCUAUCAAACGUCAGACGUUAGUAUAUACAGACAAAGUAGAAAUGAUGGAUACCACAGACAACCCUCUUGUCACCUACUACUUAUCCAGCAGAUCAAUUUGUGAUUGGAAGCUAGACCCACUUCCAGCCACAGACCGAUUCAAUGUGCUCCAGGGUGUUGCUUGUGAGGAAGACCUCAGCUUGCAUUAUGCAUUGAUAAAUGCGCUGAAAAAAUGGGCGGAGUCAUGGCCCGAGUACGAUAUGAGCGCAAACUUUUCCUGUGAAGAUUUACCGCUACCAUUCGAGUUUCCUAAGCAAUAUUUCAUCAACGCUUUCGUUCACACUCGUAACCAGAUCGAAGUCUUCUUCCCACACUGCACGAAAUCCUACAUGAAAGAUGUUAUAAUGAAAUUUGACGAGGAACGAGCUGAUAAGGAAAACUCUGCUGGACUGCUACAGUUCACAGUUAAAAAUGACGUCAUUGUCGCAUAUCGAUCGAUUAUUGAUCAACGCAACAAUCGAUUGGCUGUUGUUGGAGUACAGUGGAGAAUGCCGUAUGCAAACGAGUUGUUUGGAAAUUGGACUCGAUCAAGCAAGCAAUGGUCUGAUUGUAAGAAGAUGGACUGUCUUAUUAUAACAAGAAGCGGUUUUGUGUUGGCUUCGUCAACAAACAGACGUCCUGCACCAUUAGCUCGGUUUGAUCCACAACUAUUCGCCAGUCUUGAGGAGAAUAACCUCGUAACUACCACCACGUGGGUCGACGCACAAGCUGAAUGUAUGGCGAGUCGCGCAGCACCAUGGUCCAGCCCUGCGCCAAAUCGUAUGAAUCCAUUUAGAACAGUGCUUGAUGCUGUAGCGACACUUAUAGGAAAGACUUUCUGGAGACAUAGCGUUGCCGAAAAUGAAGCUUACAGACGCUUUUUGGCAAUGUAUUCAAUGUUUGAUAGUUUUCGCGUGGAUUACAACUACAGGUGCUUCCUACGUCACACAAACUAUAAGAUGACUUUGAAUAUUUCGAAGCAGAUACAGCUCAGCGACAUGAAAUGUGCCAGGUACGCCAGGGUUUACCCCGUGCCAGGGACAACGCUAACCCUCAUUCGAGCCGAUCGCGCUUGUCCCGGAUACCGAUCCAAGAAGAAAUAUCAUGUCCAACCACAGAUAUUGGAAGGAUGUGAAAAAGUCACGUAUUUUGAAAAGCGGCCGCCGAUAUACUACAACACCAGUGUUGAUCCAAAUGAGGAGCCCACCCCAGAAUGUCUCAUCAGCGACUCAGGGCAAUCUACAGAAAUUGCUCCAAAAUUCCUGAUCUGUGUGUUGCUCCUAAUGCAAGGACAAAGAACUGGUCCAGAUGGUAUACCAAGCGAAUUCUGGAAAGAAUGCGGAUGGCUCGGUGCCUCACGGCUUGCAGCCCUCUUCAAUCAGAUCGAGUUGCCGUCCAAUCAGUGCGGAUUUGUAAAGGGUGCCGGUGCUGCUGGCGCCAUCCAUACUGUACGGAUAGUGAUAGAGAAGUAUAGAGAAAAACGAAAAGAGCUACAUGCGGCUUUCUUUGAUAUGGAGAAAGCAUUCGACAAGACCUCAGAUGUCAUAUGGUGGGCACUGCGAAAGCACAUGGUUCCAAAGUAUGCAUCCAAUAAAUAA